UCAGCGCGUGGAAACCAUGGCGAUACCCAGGACUAUCUGACAGGCUAUAAGAAAAAUAGCCCUCGAGAAACGGGUGAACGCCGCAUAUUAACGACACUAGACUUGGACACUGUGAGAAUUAAAGAUGGGGUCCCGUAUCAAGGACAACCCAGAGGCCACCUUUGAGGUGUACCUGGAAGUGACCCACCCUGGAACCGCUGGCUCUGAUCCGGAGGUGCGGAGGCGAUUCCCCGAGGACUACAUCGACCAGGAAACUCUUCAGACAGUCCCCAAGUUCUGCUUCCCCUUCAGUGUGGACAGUCUGUUGGUGAAACAAGUGGGCCAGAACUUCACCUUUGUGCUGACAGACAUCGAGAGUAAGCAGCGGUUCGGCUUCUGCCGCCUCUCAUCAGUGGCCCACAGCUGCUACUGCAUCCUCAGCUAUCUGCCCUGGUUUGAGGUGUUCUACAAGCUGCUCAAUAUCCUUGCUGACUACACAAUCAAAGGCCAGGAGAGUCAGUGGCGAGAGCUCCUGGAGUCACUCCACACACUCCCCAUCCCUGAUCCUGGAGUGCCUGUUCAUCUUAGCGUGCAUUCCUACUUCACUGUGCCUGACACAAGGAAACUCCCCAGCAUACCUGAAAGUAGAAACCUAACAGAAUAUUUUGUAGCUGUAGAUGUCAAUAACAUGCUCCAUCUGUACGCUAGUAUGCUUUAUGAGCGUCGAAUCCUCAUCUGCUGUAGCAAACUAAGCACUUUAACGGCAUGUGUUCAUGGGUCGGUGGCCAUGAUGUACCCCAUGUAUUGGCAACACGUUUUCAUUCCCGUCCUGCCUCAGCACCUCAUAGACUACUGCUGUGCGCCCAUGCCUUACCUCAUUGGAGUACAUUCCAGCCUAAUGGAGAAGGUGAGGGGGAUGGCCCUGGAUGACGUGGUAGUCCUCAACGUAGACACUAACACCCUGGAAACACCCUUCGACGACCUCCAAAGCCUGCCUAACGACGUGGUGUCCUCCUUAAAGAACCGCCUAAAGAAGGUUUCCACAACGACAGGAGACGGCGUGGCUCGAGCCUUUCUAAGAACACAGGCCGCUCUCUUCGGCAGCUACAGGAACGCACUGCAGAUUGAACCGGGAGAGCCAAUCACGUUCAGUGAGGAGGUCUUUGUGACCCACCGCUCCAGUGCCAUGAGACAGUUCCUGCAGAACGCCAUCCAGCUGCAGCUCUUCAAACAGUUCAUCGAUGGCCGCUUGGAACUUCUGAACGCUGGUGAGGGCUUCAGGGAUGUUUUUGAGGAUGAGAUCAACAUGGGAGAGUAUGCAGGCAGCGACAAGAACUACCACCAGUGGCUGUUCACAGUCAAGAAAGGGGGCGGUGCUAUCUUCAACACAGUGAGGACCAAGGCUAACCCUGCCAUGAAAACGGUCUAUAAGUUUGCUAAAGAUCAUGCCAGGAUGGGGAUAAAGGAAGUCAAGAGCAGGCUAAAACAAAAGGAGCUGGCAGAGAACGGCUACUCCUCGACAGCAGACACAGGUGGCACAGGAGCGGGUACCGGGGAGGAAGGCACCACAGCCGGGUUGCCCCCCUCCGCCGACGGGAAGGACGGUGCCCACAACUGGGACGAACGGCGGCCCAUCACAGCACCCUUUUUACAGCGACUCCGAGCCCCUCCCCCUCGUCCCCAUCCUCCCAGUCUCCAGUGCGGCAACUCGCAGCCCGCCCGUCCACCCAGGCCACUGGUGGCCAAGAGACCUCGCAGCAACGUGGGCCUGGAGAGCAGCCCUGAACAUUGUGUCCGUCCCACACGUCACUACACAGUCUUUCUGUCCGAGGACUCCUCAGGCGACGAGCUGCAGCACGAAGACGACUCCAUCGCCGGCUUCCCCGAAAACGUUCUCUUCUCCGCCCCGUUCGAAUGGUCACCCCUGCCGCAGCCUUACCGCUCCCUGAAGGAGGCAGAGUUUGCAGAGGAGCCCGUCAGCGGCCCCUCCUACACGGCCCCACCCAGCCCGGUGAUGGAGAUGUUUGCGGACAUCAACCUGCUGGGGGACAUGUUCAGCUGCUUGGAUGAGCCCGAAGGCCAGCAGCUCAGCCUGGCCAGGAGCCUGGAGGACCUCCGCACGCCCAAAGACCCCCAGGAGCAGCAUAAAUUCAACUACCAGCGGAUGGACCUGAGCGGCAGUGAGCGUACGUGCACCCUUCCAGGCCUCAAGCACUCCAACCCUUACAACAAGAUGUGGCGCAUGCAUGGGCAGGAUGACAUGGCCUUGGCCGGCCGGUUGUCUCCGAACUGGGACCGACCCCUGUCCGUGCCCCCCCCUGAGCUUGAGGAGCCACGGCUGGAUCUCUCCACCACCCCUAGCCAAGGGGGGUGCAUCACCAUCCCCCGCCCCCAGGGAAGGAAAACCCCAGAGCCAGGGAAGGUCUUGGGUGCGCCACCGAUGCCCGAGCCACAAACCAAGCCAGGAGCGGCCGGGGAGGGUGGGACCACCACGGCAGGGGGGCAGGAGUUCCGGCAGGCCCUUGGGAUGGGGGGUGACCUGAUGCUGCAGCCCACCAAGAUAGACUUCAGUGAAGGGGAGGACGUGGAUCUGCUCAGCCUCCUGGACCCCCUGAACAACCCAGCCCAAACCACCACCACCCCUGCCUCAGCAGUGGAAGGAGCAGACUCCCCGUCCGGUGCUGCCCCUCCAUCCUUCAGGACCGUUUUCCCGCCACUGCCCUAUCCCCAGAGCCUGCCCCCCUUCCACCAACACAUGCCGCUCAACCCCUUCACCGCACCCCUCGGCUACCCUACCCACAGACACUACUCGCCCACAGUGGCGGGGAACCCCUUCAGUGGAGGCGCAUACAGGCCUCCUGCCUCUGCCUAUUUCCAUGCCACCCCCCAUGGUCACCCUCCUCACCCUCUCUCCACAAUUACGGGGCUCUACAGACUGUCCUCUCCUGUAGGGUCCAGCCUCCCCCCUGGCAUAGGCUCUAUGCGGCCUGCCUUCCCCAAUCAUGGCGGUCCUCCCCCCACCUCCUCAGGCAGCCACCACGCUCUCUCCAGCCUUUUGAACUUCCCCUCAGCUCCCGCCCCUAGGGUACUGCCUAAGCCUCCCAACACUACAGAGGACUCCGAGACUCAGGACCCCUUUGAGGACCUACUGGCCAUGGCCAAGCCGGCCGUCGCACCCCCUAAAAAGAAGGUGGAAGUCCUUCGGGGGAAGUGGGAGACUUUUGACUAACCCCCCCUCCCCUGACGUUCCACUUAGUGGUGUUGUCUUAUUCACCCCUUCCCUGCACCAGCUUAUGCUGGUGACAAAUCGAGAGGCUGGUUUCCACACUGUCCCCUCCCCCAGUCACUUGGACAAGUCCGUUUCCCCCUCUGCUGAGUUUUGGAGUUCGAGCUUCUCUUUCUUUUUCUCUUUCUCUCUCUCUCUCUCGCCCUCUAUCGCUCUCUCUCGUCCUACAGCCAGGAAUGGGACUCUUAACCUGGCCUUACUUCUUUCAGUACGCUGAUACGCCAACCGUGCACAGCCCAUGCUAGCGCGCUCUUGCACAGUGUCUCUUAGCUUAGCCUAUAGCUUAGCUCAGCUCAAACUGGAAGGCAUGUGGCCUCUAAAAAAAAUCUAGACUCUAUCCUGAGACCAAGCACCAAAAGGCCACCACGUCUCAGAAACUGGUAAUGCUAAUCAUUAGAACAGCCAGUAGUCCGCAUUUGUGGAUUUCCCAGGUUAACGGCGCAUUACUAACAUGCAGUCAGUCCACCCUCGAUGUCUUCAGCUGUGUCAUGCUAAGCAAUUUUAUUUUUAGAGGAAACACUCAAACGAUACAUCAUUUUGUUUGUCUAGACUCACCGCUGUACAAACUAAUGGACCGUACUCAUUGACUGAAGCAAAUCCGCUGGAAAAAUAUCCCACGUAUGACAAAAUACUACAGUUUACUAUAGAAUGCUCCAGUACUUACUGUAAAAUUCUGUAGGAUGCUGUAGAAUACUACACUACACACUGUAGUAUCCCUCGAUCAUGUGUAGUACUUAGUAUAUCAUUUUGUAGUAUACUGUAGAAUAGUAUAGUAAAUACUACAGAAAUGUCUGCACAAACACUACAGUUUGCAAAAACUUUUUUUUUUUUUACUAUAGUAUUUGUAUAUACCCUGUCCAUUCCCCUCCUCCAUAUCCCAAUUUGUGCCACCUGUAAGUGAGAAACCUAUACUGAACCAAAAUAUAAACAAACAAUGC